AUGUCGCUUGAUCCCAACGACGGAUUCGUCGCCGCCGAGGCCGCAGACCCGGAGACCGGCGACCUGCCAAUCUUCACCAUCGAGCGAGUACAGCUGCAGUUCUCCAUAGCGGCCGAUUUUGCAGCCGCACAGGUUGCCAACAAUGUCAUCAUCCUAGCCCUGUCCAAUGGCCGGAUUCUGCGCAUCGACCUGAACCGACCCGAAGAUAUUGACGACAUUGACCUACCAAAGAAGCCGUCCGAAAUCGGUAUUAUUCGACGCAUGUUCCUCGAUCCCACGGCGUCGCAUCUCCUGGUCUGCACAUCACUUGGGGAGAAUUAUUACCUACAUUCGCAGUCCAAGCAGCCUAGGCUUCUCACAAAAUUGCGUGGCGUCUUGAUCGAUAGCAUAGCAUGGAACCCAUCCCUGCCAACCGCCUCUACGAGAGAGAUCCUCAUCGGCGCCGCAGACGGCAACAUCUACGAGGCUUUCAUAGAAACGUCCAACGAGUUCUACAAGAAGGAAGUAAAGCAUCUAAAGAAUUUGCAUAAGCUCCCUGACGGACCCAUCACAGGCCUCUGGGUGGAUAACCUACAUGGCAAGACCGACUUGCGGAGGGUCAUGAUUGCUACGCAGAGCAGGCUGUUCCACCUCGUUGGCAGAAUUAGCCAUGGCUACGAUGGCAGCGGCUCUAUUUAUACCAGGAUGUUUGAGACGGAACAACCCGUCAUCCACGAGCUUUCAAGAGUCACUUCGGGGGCGAGCUCCACCUUCGUCGUGUCUCCCGAUCCGCUUGAUACCAGCCCUCAUGAUGACGAUGUGCCGGAUCGAGCAUAUGCAUGGCUAUCGUCGCAUGGUGUCUAUCAUGGGAAAUUACUGAACUCACCUACGGAUUCUGCGCUAGGUUCCAAAGUCUUUGCCGAGUCCAAGAUGCUCCCAAGAGCUCAAAUUGUCACACAGGGGUCCGGGAGCAAGCGGAAACCGUCUACCGAGACCAUUGAUGCCAUUGCUCUCACUCAGUGGCACAUUGUGAAUCUGGUUGGUGGCCGUGUUAUUACUACCAAUCGCCUUACCGGAGAAAUGGUAUCCGAGCACGAUGUGCUUUCUGCUGGCCAGAAGCCUAUCGGAUUUUCGGUAGAUUCUCAAAAGAACACCUUUUGGCUAUUCACUUCCGAAGAGAUCUUUGAGAUUGUGGUGCGCGACGAAGAUCGGAACAUUUGGAAAAUUAUGAUGGAAACGCAACAGUUUGAACCAGCUCUUCAACAGGCCCGCUCGCAAAUCCAGAGGGAGACUGUUUCUGCGGCAUUUGGCGACUACCUUUCUACCAAAGGCCAUUGGAGCGAAGCUGCCAUGAUAUACGGCCGGAGCAACAAGCCUUUUGAGGAAAUAGCGCUCAAGCUGAUUGACAGCAACCAGCCAGAUGCGCUGCGUAUCUUUCUACUCACUAAACUAGGCACGACCAAAAAGUCUGCCGUCAUGCAAAGAAUAAUGAUUGCGAGCUGGCUGGUCGAGAUCUUCAUGGCCAAGCUGAACUCCCUCGACGAUGCCAUCAUCACCCAUGCAGAUCUGUCGGAAAAAAUGAAUCCUGCAGAAUCCAGAAAAUUGAUCCUCUCAGCGAAGAAGGAAUUUCAGGAUUUUGUUAACAAGUACAAAAGUGAUCUCGACCACAAGACGGUGUACGAUGUGAUUAGCAGUCAUGGCAGAGAAGAAGAGCUUCUCUACUUCGCGAAUGCUAUCAAUGACUACAACUACGUCUUAUCUUACUGGGUACAACGAGAGAGAUGGACUGAGGCGCUCAAUGUCCUAAAAAAGCAGACAGAUGUGGAGGUCUUUUAUCGAUACAGCACUGUCUUAAUGUCACACGUUGCCCAAGAUACAGUGGAUAUUCUCAUGAGACACUCGGAUCUCAACCCGCGACGACUGAUUCCGGCCUUGUUAGAAUAUCACCGUGGCUUUUCUGGUGAAGCAACAGCCCAGAACCAGGCCAUAAGGUAUCUCAACUACGUAGUUUACCAGCUCAAUUCGACGGACGCAGCAGUUCACAACACGCUCGUGUCCAUCUAUGCCUCACACCCCUCCAAAGACGAGUCAGGGCUGCUAUCCUAUCUUCAGGCACAGGGUGACGAGCCUCGAUACGAUUCCGACUUUGCUUUGCGUCAGUGUAUCCACCACCAUCGAACACUGUCAUGCGUUCAUAUAUAUACCAGUAUGGAACAAUAUCUUCAGGCAGUUGACCUAGCGCUCUCCCAUAACGAGGUUGAGCUAGCUGCGGUUAUCGCUGAUAGACCAAUGUCAAAUCCCCAACUGCGAAAAAGACUAUGGCUAGCUGUUGCGCGGAGAGUCAUUUCUCAGUCUGACGGCAUCAAAACCGCUAUCGAAUUCCUGAAGAGAUGCGACUUGCUAAGGAUCGAAGACCUAAUUCCGUUCUUCCCCGACUUUGUAGUCAUCGAUGACUUCAAAGAGGAGAUCUGCGAAGCCCUGGAAGACUAUAGCCGAAAUAUUGACAAUUUGAAGAAAGAAAUGGAUGAAUCUUCGCAGACGGCGACAAAUAUUAAGCUGGACAUUGCUGCUCUGGAUCACAGAUACGCCAUCGUGGAGCCUGGUGAGAAGUGCUAUGUGUGUGGGCUCCCCUUGCUGAGCAGACAAUUCUUCGUCUUCCCUUGCCAACACUCUUUCCACUCGGACUGUAUGGGACGGAAAGUGUUGGAGCAAGCUGGUGUUGCCAAGUCAAACCGAAUCAAGGAACUCCAGAUGCAAAUCCACAAGGGUCUUGUGAGCGGAACGCAGCGGGAAGCCGUUGUGGCUGAGCUUGAUGCUUUGGUGGCGUCAGCAUGCAUUCUAUGUAGCGAUUUUGCCAUCAAGAGAAUAGACGAGCCGUUUAUCACGCGGGAUGAUAACCCUGAUGAGUGGGCAUUAUGA